AUGGCUGCACAGAAGACCCCCCUCGACGAGCCAGUGAUCGGUGGCCCAUUCAGUCUCUUCGAAGGAAGUUUCAUUUUGGAAUUCUUGCAGCCACAUCCCUCCAGGGAUGCUUCAGUUUUGAUGCGAGCAACAUACAAGCACGACCACCCCCUAUGUGAAAAGGGGGCUGGUCAUCCCCAGGGCCAAGUCUCGACUGUAAAGGGCUGGUCUGCGACCAAGCGGGCCUGGACUCGAGGAGAUGGGGGGCAUGAGAUCAAACGAUGGGUUCCUCAUUCCUUUCAGCCCGUCCCGGACAGCCCUGAAGAUACCAUCAUCCUAGUCUGGGCGCAUCCAGGCGAUGUAGAUGAGAUGAUGGACAGAGUCUUUUUCAAAAAUCUGCUGCUCAUGUACGUCAGUGACGUGCAUGAGAAGAAAGUUACGCUAAACCCGUUCCAGAUAAUGCUAUUACAGCAUGUUUCCGCCACGGCCCUUGUAUGGUUUCCUACUGCGAGGUGGUUGGGCCCGCUGCGCUGGUGGGUGCCGUGGAAGGUGCAGGCGAUCUUUGCUGGGACUCACACCUACGAUGAAGAAGUAUACUUCUGA